AUGCCGCUGUUCGGCAAGAAGACGUCCAAGAUCCCGCCUGUCGAGCAAGGCCCGCCCGCAGGCGGCUCCUUCAACGGCGGCUACGGCGGCCCUCAGCAGCCCAGCGGCGGUGCACGUGGCCCGCCAGGCGGCGCUGGCUUCGGUGCUGGCGGCGCAGGCUACGGCGGCGCUGGCUACGGCGCACCUGGCGGGCCUGGCGCACCAGCUGGUCGCUACCCGGCCGGUCCGGGCGGCCCUGGUGGCGCAUACGGCGGCGGCCCACCCAACGGCUAUGCGCCGCCGCCAGACCGCUUCGCUGGCUCGCGUGCGCCGAACCCCAACCUCGGCGCGGGCUUCGACGCAGCAUACGGCAGCGGCGCUCAGCGAGGAGGCGCCUCGUACCGCGGCGGUGGCCAGGCGCCUCGCGAUGACGCAUCAGAGCUGGAGGCAGAGUACGGCCGCGGCGGAGGCUACGGCAGCGAGCAGGCGCAGGCGCAAGAGUACGAGCCGGCGCGCGAUGAGUACCGCGAGCGCACCGCCGAGGAAGAAGAGGAGGAGGAGGUCGAGGCUGUCAAGCAGCAGAUGCGCUUCACCAAGCAGGAGAGUCUCAGCUCGACGCGCAAUGCGCUGCGCAUUGCUCGAGAGGCCGAGGAGACGGCUACCAACACGAUGCUGCGGCUCGGCGACCAGAGUGAUCGCAUCGCCAACACCGAGCGCCACCUCGACCUCGCCAAGGCGCACUCCUCGCGCGCCGACGACAACGCGCGCGAGAUUGUGGCGCUCAACCGUUCCAUCUUCCGUCCGAACAUGCAGUUCAACAAGCAAGCCAAGCGUGAUGCCGAGGAGGCACGCAUCAUGAAUCGGCACAUCGAGGAGCGCGAGGAGCGCGAAGCUACGCGUGCCGAGGCACUCAAGGCGCAGACGCGCGUUGACCAGUCGCUCGGUGGGCCUGGCUCGGGUCGCUUUGGCGCAGGUCGCUUUGGCGGAGGCAGCAAGAGCAAGGCGGAGGAAGCGGCGGCCAAGAACAAGCUGGCGCAGCGCAGUCGCUACCAGUUUGAGGCGACGGAGAGCGAUGACGAGCUGGAGGAUGAGUUGGAUGGCAAUCUGGACGAGAUUGGCCAGCUCGCUGGACGUCUCAAUCACCUGGGCCGCGCCAUGGGCAACGAGAUCGACGAGCAGAACGUGCGCAUCAAGCGCCUCGGCGACAAGACUACCGCGCUCGACACGCGCGUCUUCAACAGCACCCAGCGGCUGGACCGCAUCAAGUAG